GAUCAGCCCCGGUGCUCCGGGAGCCCGAAGGCCGCGGCUGGAGGAAGACACAGCCAGAGGGCGGUGCCGGCCCGGCGGGCACACAGCCGCCGCGCAUGCCCGGAGCCGCGCUCGCCUCAAGCCCGCCGCGUAGUCCCCGCAGGACUCCCUCCGGGUCGCUGCGUAAGGUGGCCGCCUGCUGCUCCUUUUAAGGCUCGCGAGGGGCCGCGCUACAUCCAUCUGAUGGGGAAGAAGUCGGUAACACCGGGCCAAGGGAGCUGGGCCAAGCCUCCCCCUCCCUGUGGGAAGGACGGAAGGAAGGGGUCAACCACCUGCCCUCUCAAGUCCCAUUCAGACAUUGAGCAAAGAGGCGGACCCGACAGUGCUUCCCCUUUAAGAGGGGGCGGGGCGCAGCCUACAGUUUGGCCGCUCUCCGCACCCUCCCCCCGGGCCAAGAGUUGACAGACCAAUCGCCCGGGUGGCGGAGGGAAGGCGGGAGAAUGCGAACCCUUCGGCUGGGCGGUAGGGGCGGGCCCCCCGCCUUAUUAGGAGGGAGUCCUGCGCAGGCGCAGAGGCGGCCGCAGCCUGAGGGGCGGGGGCGGUCCAGUGAGAGACUCUCCGUCAGGCACUGAGGGUGAUUGGGAGGAAAGAGGCCAGCGAGAGGCUUGUCAUGGGGAUCCGAGGUACGAGACGGCAUUGGUAGCAUCUGGUGACUCCGAGGGGGACAGGAAGUGUCAACGCCCGGGACCCCGGCGCCAGCUCCGCUGGGGGGAUCCCCGCUGCUCUAGUCCUGAGGAGGGAGGGGGAAAAGGAGGGAGCCCCGAUCUCGCCCCGCCCCUGGGCUUGUUACCGCGGGGGCGGGGAGUGAGGGCUUCUUUUGCGGGGAGUAGAGAUCGGGGGACUCGGCUGUGCCCUCUCGAGCGGCUGCCGGUGUCCCCGCGGCGCCGGGCUGACGAGCAGAGGAGCCGCGGCGGCCGUGGCUGUUGCAUGUGUGGCUGCUGGAUGCGGAGGCGGCGGCGGCGGCGGCGGCGAGGAGCAGCAGCGGCGGCAGGAUGUUAGGGCAGCAGCAACAGCAACUCUACUCGUCGGCCGCGCUCCUGACCGGGGAGCGGAGCCGGCUCCUAACCUGCUAUGUGCAGGACUACCUCGAGUGCGUGGAGUCGUUGCCCCACGACAUGCAGAGGAACGUGUCCGUGCUGCGAGAGCUGGACAACAAAUAUCAAGAAACAUUAAAGGAAAUUGAUGAUGUCUAUGAAAAAUAUAAGAAAGAAGAUGAUUCAAACCAGAAAAAACGCCUCCAGCAGCAUCUCCAGAGAGCAUUAAUCAAUAGUCAAGAAUUGGGAGAUGAAAAAAUUCAGAUUGUCACACAGAUGCUCGAAUUGGUGGAAAAUCGGGCAAGGCAAAUGGAGCUACAUUCACAGUGUUUUCAAGAUCCUGCUGAAAGUGAGCGAGCCUCAGAUAAAGCAAAGAUGGAUUCCAGCCAACCAGAACGAUCUUCGAGAAGACCCCGCCGACAGCGAACCAGUGAAAGCCGUGAUCUGUGUCACAUGACGAAUGGGAUUGAAGACUGUGAUGAUCAGCCACCUAAAGAAAAGAAAUCCAAGUCAGCCAAGAAAAAGAAACGUUCCAAGGCCAAGCAGGAAAGGGAAGCUUCGCCUGUUGAGUUUGCAAUAGAUCCCAACGAACCUACAUAUUGUUUAUGUAACCAAGUGUCUUAUGGGGAAAUGAUCGGAUGUGACAAUGAACAGUGUCCAAUUGAAUGGUUUCACUUUUCAUGUGUUUCACUUACCUAUAAACCAAAGGGGAAAUGGUAUUGCCCAAAGUGCAGGGGAGAUAAUGAGAAAACGAUGGACAAAAGUACUGAAAAGACAAAGAAGGAGAGAAGAUCGAGGUAGUAAAGGCCGUCUGCAUUUUAAAGGGUUAUUUGUCUUUUAUAUAAUUCUUUCAGAAUUUACUUUCAGAAAAUGUUUUAGGGUAAAUGCAUAAGACUAUGCAAUAAUUUUUAAUCAUUAGUAUUAAUGGUGUAUUAAAAGUUGUUGUACUUUG